ACGAUUCCUGUAGCAAACUGGCACAAAUUCUGGGCCGAACCUAUGUUUUCGUCUAUCCGUAACGCAUGGUUUCGUGCUGUACACAAUAAAUUACCUACUGCUGCAUCGCUCAACCAAAUCAUUCUAGACUUCUUACCUACCUCUUGCUGUCAACUAUGUCAUUCAAUGGUGGAUACUCUCGACCACUUUUUGGUCACCUGCCCUGUACGCUGGUCGGUAUGGACCCGUAUGUGGGGGCCUCUUUUCUUUUGUGAACCUGAGGCUCACGCCCUGAUUCAAAUCAUCACAAAACUUGACUGGCAUCUCCUCCCCACCCUAUCCACCCGUAAAUACUCCGCCACUAUACAAUGCACAUUACUGGCCAUUUGGCGAGCCUACUGGUCUUAUAUUUUUGACAACACCCCUUUCCUUCCUGACGCCGUCGCUCGUUCAACUUUGUCGCUAAUCCCCAAACUACUUGGGUCAGCUUCUGACGGCUAG